GAGGUGGGGCUUAGGGCCCGUCGCGCAUGCGCGGCAGCUCGGCGCUGCGCUGUUGCGGCUCGGCGGGCGGCAUGUUCCGCCGGCCCCCGCGGAACUUCCGCGGCAGGCGGCGCGCGGCCUCCGCCGGCAGCAGCAGCGAGGAGGAGCCGCCGGCGGCACCAGUCGCCGACCCGCCGCCACCAGCCCCCGGCCGGGAUGCGGAGCCCGAGGAAGGCGGGGGGGACCCCGGCAGCGCCGCCGCGUCCCCCGAGGGGGCCAGGUCGGCGGCGACGGAGGGGCCGCUGUCCCCAGGGGAGCCGGCGGGCGGCCCCGGGGACCGGGAGGAGAACGGGAGCGGAAGGACGGCUGCGGGACGAGGGCCGCGCCUCGCCGGAACCGGGCCGGCGCGGGGGGGAAAGGCCCUGCUGAGCUUCGGUGGCGAGGAGGAGCGGGACGGUGAUGAACAGUUUUUCAAAAUUAAAAAACCAGCCUUCAGUGAAGUAACCUUUAGAAUUCAAAAGAAGGAAAGCCUGCUACCUGCACAGACAAAGACUGAAGACAGCAAAAAAACCUGUCAGUUAGAGCCUAGAACUGGCAACACCAAAGGCACUCAUGAAGAAGAGGAGGGGAAGGAUGAAAGUUAUUCUUCACGAAGUGAGGACAGCUCAGACUCUGAAAAUGAGUCCAGCUCGCCAGAGAGGAGGAAGGAUUUAUCACCAGGUAAUAUCCCCAGUGCAGCCUGCAUUGAUGCCGCUCGGAGGAAACGUCACUUAGCCAGGACACGGGCUGAUUAUCUUCCACUGGAUGUUUCAAACAGUCAUCAGAUCUCUCAGAGAAGAGAAAGCAGUGAUUUAGAGAGUGAAGAUGAGUCUGAUACAAAGAAUCUCAAUUUUGCUCCUAAAAUAAGAACUCUGAGGCAGAGGAUAACUGAACACUUGGUGUCUGUGAGCGAUGAGUCAAGUGAAGAUGAAGCACAAAUGAAGUGGGAAGAACAGCAAAUAAAGAAAGCCAUUAAACUCUCUCAGGAAGGUUUUGAUGAUGAUUCCCUGUGUAAAUCUCAGCCAGCUAAACCAAAGUUUGAUCCCUCUGUUUCUCUACCACCUGUGAACUUGGAAAUUGUGAAGAAGCGACUGACUGAAAGGUUUCUCUUUUUUAGGAUAACGUCAUUACAGGAUGUGCACCGUGCCCACCAGAGGGAGUAUGAAAAAUACAUGGAGGAUAUAGAAAAUUCAAAGAUGUCUGUCCAGGAGUUAGAGAAGUCUUCGGAUGCAGCUCUGAAUUACAAAUUCUACAGGGCCAUGAAGACCUAUGUAGAAAACUUGAUAAACUGUUUGAAUGAAAAACUGAAAUACAUUAAUGAUCUAGAAUUGGCUGUGCAUGCACUUCUUCAGCGACGAGCCAUGAGAGUAUUGAAACGAAGGCAAGAUGAGCUGAAAAACGAAUCUGCUUAUAUUCAACAUCUGACAAGUGGGAACGACAAGCCAACUAAUGGCAGCUUGGAAGGUGAUGAGAAGACACAGCUUCUGGAAAUGUGUGAACAUCGAAGGACUUGCAGACGGCAAGUGAGAGAGCGUUCAGGAGAAGCUGGUCACCAUGAAGGCAUGUCGAGUGAUGAUGAGCUGUCUCCGACAGAGGCGACCGAGUUCCAGAAGAGCAGAGAUAACGUUUUAGAGGAUAGUAGGAAAGUCUUUGAAGAUGUACAUGCAGAUUUUUGUGACAUCAGAAAAAUCCUGUUGAAAUUCCAGGAAUGGAAAGAGAAGUUUCCUGACUCUUACUGUGAUGCUUAUAUCAGUUUCUGCCUGCCUAAACUAUUAAAUCCGUUGAUCAGAGUUCAGUUAAUAAAUUGGAAUCCGCUUGAGCAGAACUUUACAGAGUUGGAAGAGAUGCCCUGGUUCAGAGCUAUAGAAGAAUUCAGUGAUUCCAAAAAUCUAUCUGAAUUAAAAAGGGAUGAUCCUGAUCAAGAAGUUUUGCCUAGAGUGAUUGAAAAAACUAUUCUUCCAAAAAUUACAGCAUUUGUAAAGAAUGUGUGGGAUCCUUUAUCUACUUCACAGACAAAGAACCUUGUCCAGCUUUGCAGUAACAUCUUUGAAAAACAAGUCCUUUCCAAAAAUGAAUGCAGUCAAGCAAAAGAGGAUUUGAUGAACGUGGUUGUCCUAAGAAUGAAGAAAUCUAUAGAGGAAGAUAUCUUUAUUCCUCUGUAUCCUAAAAGCGCUGUGGAAGACAAAUCAUCACUAUGUUCAAAAUUUCAAGGAAGACGGUUUUGGUCAGCUGUUAAGCUGCUCUCCAAUGUUCUCCUUUGGGAUGGGAUUGUAAAAGAAGAAACAGUCCGUGAUUUGGGACUGAGCAAGUUGCUAAAUCGUUACCUGCUUCUGAACCUCUUAAACACACCACCAGGGCCGGAUAAUAUAGAGAAGUGUAAGAAGGUGGUUACGUGCCUCCCAGAAAGAUGGUUCCAGGAUCUUGAAAGUGGAUCAACUCUCCCCGAGUUACUGAACUUCUGCCAGCACCUGCUGCGAUGCGCCCGUACGCUACACAAGAACAACCACAGUGACGAAACAAAAGAAGUUCUCCUCCUGCUGGUGAAAGUCAAAGCUCUGCGUGUUGUUGAAGACUUCAUUGAAGAGUACAAACUUGAACACCUUAAAUCCAUGAUUGGGAAAUAGGAAACUUUUGAAGGAACGUUUCUAUUACUGGAACAAGCCUGGUACUAAUACUGAAAUAUUUCUAAUAUGAAAUGCAAUUAGUGGGCCCUGCCUCCUCAAAGGGCAGUCAUUACCACCAAACUUGUUGGUAAAUACUUCAGUUUUUUCCAAACGUCUUCCCUGCCACCUGCUCUUAGGUUAAGGACUCUCUCUAGAGUGCUUUAUUGCUUUAUCCUCUUUGGAAGUACUCCUGGAAGGAGAGCGAAUGCCUGCGAGGUUUAUCGUGGCUGGUGGGUAGCUCUUUUCAGUGUUAGCUAAAUAUGACUGUCUGACUCAGCAGUCUCAGAGCUCUUCUUGUGGCCCACAGCGCGUUUGGUAGGGUUAUUGUUCAGCCAUGCCUAGGGAAGAGGAAUUCAUAAUGUUGCAGGGGUUGAUACAGAAAUGAGAAGUCAGUGUGCAGGUGAGGAGUUUGAAUGUUUAUUGAUGGUAAAUGUGGGCUCAGUGAGGCGAGAGCUGCCCAGGAGAAUGUCUGGGGGAGAGCAAACACGUAGUGCAGGUAGUCCGUACUUGAGGGAUCCAGGCUUAACUCGCGUGCACACACCUGGGGUUGUCGCACAUCUUGCUUUACCAGGCUUUGAAUAACAUACCUUGAUGAUAAGCACGAGAACAACUUCAGUUAUUCUUUAGUAACUAGAACUCUGGGGAUGUCUUCCUUCUGCUUCCUACUAAGAUCUACUGAACCUUACUUUAUCGUACCCUUAUUAGAUUUCUAAUGUUUUAUAACUUUGUAUAUUUGCAAUAAAUACUGUUAUGGAUAAAAGGAUGCUUUAUUGUAGAACCUGUAGCGUAUCACAGAUGCUGUAUGUUUACUUGUGACUGUGUGUUUCCAAAAUCUUCUGGGAUUAGAAUUUAACUCUUGCAGACUUGAUCCGUAUGCUUUCUUUUAUAUUUUUAAGUAAAAAAAUAUAUUUUUGUAAAAUGUUUUAAUUGUAAAUAGCUUUUGUCUGUAACAGAUCAAAGAUGACUUUUAAAAUUUUAUUUUGAAAAUAAAAGCAAAAAUAUUUUGCUGUG